CCCACCGCCGCGCCGCCGCGGGUCCCCGCGCCCGGCCCGCCGCCACGGCCGCCGCCGCAGCCCGGAAUGAUCAGUCCCGGAUCGGCUCCCGCCGCCGCCUCCCGGCCGCCGCUGGAAGGGCUGGUCCGCGCGCCCUUCCCCAGAUGCCGCGGACCGUCGUCAUGAUUUGGAACUCUCCAGCUCCGAGCUCCUUUGGGGGGCCGGAGGCGCGGGAGCAGGAGGAGCAGGAGCAGGAGCAGGAGCAGGAGCAGGAGGAGGAGGAGGAGGAGGAGGAGGAGGUGGAGGAGGAGGUGGAGGAGGAGGAGGAGGAGGAGGAGGAGGAGGAGGAGGAGGAGGAGGGGGGCAGGAGCGGCGUUGAUGCUAAGCCUGUGGCGCGUCCCAGCCGUCCCACGCCUCGCCCCAAACUCCGAGAAAGUGGCGUCUUCCCUCCCCGGCGCCGAGGAGGUGGCGCGGCGGUGAGCAGGCCAGGGGGGCUCCGCGGCCUCGGCUGUCCCCCCCGAGUCGGGGCACUUGUUUCUAGAGGGGCGGCCGGGCCGGGCCGGGCCGAGCCGCUGCAGACGUGGGGCUGGGCCGGGCCGAGGCGCGCGCGGCGGCCGAUAGGUGGCAGCCGCGGGCGAAGGCGGCCCCGGGUUCGGGGGCCGCGGCGCCUCCGGAGGACCCCCCCUCGGAUGUCACAGUGGUGGGAGACAGAGGAGUCUUGGACCCUGUGCGUAAGGCGAGCGUGGGACCGUGCAAUAUCCUCGGCUGGGGGAGGAAAACCAAAAAAAAAAAAAAGAGAAAGAAAGAAAAAAAGAAAAGGGAGGAGUGAAAAGCUCCCCGACAGCAGCAGCGCCGGGCGCGGGGAUGCUCAGGGACAGACGGUCGCUGCCCAGUGCCCAGUGCCGCUCGCCCGCCGGCCUCCAGCUUCUGGAGCAUCUCGCACCCCCCGCGGCGCGGGCUCGGGUACUUACUGUCAAGGAUCCUGCAGCAGGGAGUGGUCCAGCCCAGCCGCAAGACCCCGGGAGCCCGGCUCCGCUUGGCGUUUUGGAGGUGUGUGUGGGGGCUGGCCAGCCCAGACUUUCAGAGACCGUGUGUGUGACUCCGGUGGCCGUGCACUCCAAAAGCUGGACAUCCCUCCCAAAUUAAGGCACUUUCCCUAGGAUGCGAGUUUCCUGAAGAGUCACCUGCUAGCGUCAUCUCUCCAGUGCUAUGAUGUUGGAUUAUAUGCAUAAAUCAAAACUGUUGUUCUUCCGAUGGAAAUGACAAGUAUAUGCUUGCAUAAUGUCAAGAUGUGAAAUUGACAUCUGGAAGAUGGAAAAUAAAAAGCAA